GAUGCUGCUUGCACCCCCCAUGUGCAAAAUCAAAGUAAAAAAACAACAACAAGUAACUGUUCAGUGCUUUCAAGCUCACUCACAAAUGAAACUGAGUGAAGUGAGGAAGUUGUGUUGGCUGCUGCUGCGUCACCACUGAUACCAACCGGAAGAAAUACAACAGUAUUUGUGUGUAACUGCUGUCCUUGAAAGUGUCAUACACCUCUCUGGAUCCUCUUCAAUUGUUCAACUUUUUUUGUCUUUUACUGCAAGAAACUUCAUUUAGGCUUCUGUGCAUCUCAUUCUUGAACCCUACUUAUAGUCCGGCGGGGUGUGGGGAUUGUGGGGGUGACCAGAUGGCCCUCAGUGUGUAGUUUAGAGGAGAAGCCAUUGGAGACGUGUUUGUGGAAAAGAGAGGUAAGGUGCAGACAAGCUAUGGGAUGCUGCAGUGUGACCCAGAGGCAUACAGGGAUUGAUGAAGUGGGCCCAGAUGAGAUCGAACUCCUAGAAAUCAGCAAUGCAGGGAUCUGGAAUCUUGCUGAAAGCAGGCUCCAGAUUUCCACAAGGAAUGGCACAGAUGAAGGUCGUCCUCGCUGUCCCACUGUGAGGCACCUAAAGCAGGAGAAUCCAGAACCUGUCUCUGUGACUGUGACGGACACAACAAAACCCAACAAUUCACAACUGGUGCUUUGGGGCUUGACGAAAAACGAACUCCAUCAUAGGCUUUACACUCAACCUAUCAGAGAAUGGGAAGGACAGGCACCACACACCUAUGGAGACAUUAUCCACUCCUCUUCAGUGUAUUUACACAGUGGAUACACAAAGGCUAUGAGUGAAAGAUAUCUGGUUUUAUUUUCCUUCCAUUUGUUAAUCCUCGCAUUGGACAGCUCUAAUCAUGAUUUUAUUUAUGAGGGCAUUCUUCCUCUCUCAGCCAUUGAGGUGCGUCUGAUUUCAAAGCAGGACCACAGUUCUCAACAUAUGUUUGAGAUCAGCGGGCCUAUGGUGGAUUCAAAGAUCUUCCUUUGUGCUACUGCUGCUGAAACAAAAACCUGGAUGGAGAAUAUCGAGGACAGGAGAUACAAAUCCCUAAGGCAACAGCUGAGCCCGUCCCAUAGCACGCUCUCAUACCUGGUGCCAUGUAAUGAAAACUGGAAGAGGGAGGAGCUUAAAAGGUACUUACUGCGGUCUCCCAUCUUGGAAUGGGAGGGGAAGCCCAUUCAGCACAUGGGCUAUCCAAGAUACAUUUCACUGGUGCAUAUCAGCAACAUAUACACACAGGACCGGCGUUUGCAUGAACCUCAGGAGCGUUUGCUUGUGCUCUUCCCAUGUGACCUCCUCGUUCUGUCUCUAGACUGUCAUCAUAUACGUGUGAAAUAUGAGGGUCGUCUACCACUUAAGAGCAUUAAAGCCAUGGAAAAAUCUGCACUACAUGGCAGACUGGAGUUUGAACUCAAGGGUGAACUGAUGGAGCCUCUGCUUGUCUCCUGUACAUCCCCUGAGGACUAUCAAAGCUGGAUCUUCCAGUUACAACAGGCAAGUGUGCAGUUGUUGUAUUUUAGCUAAUGACCGUUAUAGCAAAACAAAUAACUUC